UUCCGGUUCUCCGGGGAGCCGGUCCCCGGCCUACCUUCCCCGGAGGAGCUGGGACUGUGGCCGCGGGUUCCGCCGCCUCGGGAGCCUUCGGAGCCCUCAGUCCAGCGAGGUGGUGGCGGCGGGGGGCGCGGCGGCGGGUCUCCCGCGCGGCCGCGAUGCUGAGCUCCCGGGCCCAGGCGGCGAUGACCGCGGCCGACAGGGCCAUCCAGCGCUUCCUGCGGACCGGGGCGGCCGUCAGAUAUAAAGUCAUGAAGAACUGGGGUGUUAUAGGGGGACUUGCUGCUGCCCUUGCCGCAGGGAUCUAUGUGAUUUGGGGUCCCAUUACAGAAAGAAAGAAGCGUAGAAAAGGGCUGGUGCCCGGGCUGGUCAACUUAGGGAACACCUGCUUCAUGAACUCCCUGCUGCAAGGCUUGUCUGCCUGCCCCGCUUUCAUCAAGUGGUUGGAAGAGUUUACCACCCAGUACACCAGGGAUCAGAAGGAGCCCCCCCCACACCAGUAUUUAUCCUUAACCUUGUUGCACCUCCUCAAAGCUUUGUCCUGCCAAGAAGUUACUGACGAUGAGGUCUUAGAUGCGAGCUGCUUGUUGGAUGUCUUAAGAAUGUACAGAUGGCAGAUCUCUUCAUUUGAAGAACAGGAUGCCCACGAGUUAUUCCACGUCAUUACCUCGUCCUUGGAAGAUGAGCGGGACCGGCAGCCCCGGGUCACACAUUUGUUUGAUGUGCACUCCCUGGAGCAGCCAGAGAUAACGCCUAAACAAAUAACCUGCCGUACGAGAGGGUCACCUCACCCCACGUCCAAUCACUGGAAAUCCCAGCAUCCCUUCCAUGGAAGACUUACGAGCAACAUGGUCUGCAAACACUGUGAGCACCAGAGUCCCGUUCGAUUCGAUACCUUCGAUAGCCUUUCACUGAGUAUUCCAGCUGCCACAUGGGGGCAUCCACUGACCCUGGACCACUGCCUUCACCACUUUAUCUCAUCAGAAUCAGUGCGGGAUGUCGUAUGUGACAACUGUACUCAGAUUGAAGCCAAAGGGACGUUGGAUGGGGAGAAGGUGGAACACCAGAGGACCACCUUUGUCAAGCAGCUGAAACUAGGGAAGCUCCCUCAGUGUCUGUGCAUCCACCUGCAGCGGCUGAGCUGGUCCAGCCAUGGCACGCCCCUGAAGCGCCAUGAGCACGUGCAGUUCAAUGAGUUCCUGAUGAUGGACAUCUACAAGUACCACCUCCUGGGGCACAGACCCGGGCAGCACAGCCCUAAACCUGGCGAGAGCGCGGGGCCCUCGCUCGACCUGCAGGACAGGCCGGCCGCCUCCAGAUCAGAGAGACAGAGCUUGAGCAGGGGGAGAGGCAGAGAGAGAGGGAGACACAGAAUCCGAAGCAGGCUCCAGGCUCUGAGCUGUCAGCACAGAGCCCGACAUGGGGCUCAAACCCACAAGCCGCAAGAUCAUGACCUGAGCCAAAGUCGAACGCCCAACCGACUGAACCACCCAGUUUUGAAUCAGCCAGGGGGUCCGAAAACACAAAUUUUUAUGAAUGGCGCCUGCUCCCCAUCUUUAUUGCCUACCCUGCCAGCCCCAAUGCCCUUCCCCCUCCCAGUUGUUCCUGACUACAGUUCCUCCACGUACCUCUUCCGGCUGAUGGCGGUUGUCGUCCACCAUGGAGACAUGCACUCAGGACACUUCGUGACUUACCGACGGUCCCCUCCUUCGGCCAAGAACCCUCUCUCCACCAGCAACCAGUGGCUGUGGAUCUCCGAUGACACCGUCCGCAAGGCGAGCCUGCAGGAGGUGCUGUCCUCCAGCGCUUACCUGCUGUUUUACGAGCGCGUCCUUUCCAAGAUGCAGCACCAGGGCCGGGAGUACAGGUCGGAGGAAUGACCACCCCGGCUCCGGAGCUAGAGCCGUGGCACUGUCCACACGGGCCAGGAACAAGGCAAAAUCAGACUGUGUGCACGCAAGAGGCCCCACUAGAGUCCUCAGCCUUCUGGUGUGUUCUAAGAGCAGGCUCCACGCAGGAGCCAGUGGCCCCAGUUCAAACCAGAUCAGGCUCCCUGAAUGGUGCGCACCGGACGGUGUCCUUGUGCUGGGACAGCAUUCAUUCUGUGUAGAACGUCUUUUUACUCACCUGCUAAUUAAAAGAAAUCCAACUCUGGAAGCCACCUUUUUUAUAUUCGGCCACAUUAGGUGUUCUCAGAGGGGAGGUAACUUUGUCUAAUCCUCUGAUUGGUUUCAGCCCAGAUCUUUUAUUUUUAAUAAGCAGGCCCAUAAAAAUCGUUCACGAGAAUUGGUGAAAUUGUUAAAGGCAACAAUUUAGAAGAAAAAGUGCCUUUCCCUUUCGAUUGCUUUUGUAGCACGUCCAUUUGGGAAAAUAUACGUUGUCCAAGAGUCCUAUAAACAAUUUUUGGAAAGCUCUGUUCCUUCCAAGUUUCUCAACGGAUGGCAACAGGACAGUUACGAGACGCCUCAAGAACACCCACCUCCUCUUUCUGUGGGUCUUUUUUAAUCUUUGGAUUCUUUAUAUGUAGUAAAAGUGCACCUGCCAGAUCUGCCCCCAGGGGAAAUUCUUUCACUGCUCGGUCAGUUGUGAGUGAACUCCCGGGUCGCUCUUAACUCUCUGCUUACCGUGCCCCAGAGACGGGAUGACGGUACGUCCUAAAACUGCGCGAAUAGCCGGGACGGGGCCGCCUCCGUGCUGGCAUCUGUGCCUCCUAAGCUCCACUCUGGACGGUGGUUCCUAACUCCGUGGCCCAUGCAGAGCUCCUGAGGUUUACAGGUGGAGCUGGGGGCUGUGUAAAAGGACAGUCCUAGCCUUGGUUUGAGAGCUGGGUUCAGAAGGAAGGGCACUGACCGUGGGGCCGCAGUCUUUCUUUCUGAGCCUCCGUUUCCUCAUUUGUAAAGUGAACAGUUAAGACUCAGUGAGCAUCAAAACCCCAGCCCUUCCCACAAAAAAAAGAGAAAGUUUUCAAUUUUUAAAAAACGUAUCAUUACAGUUGAUCAUCUAGUAUUGUCAUUUCAUUACAGGUCCGUACUCUAAAUUUAUUGGUUUCUAGUAGCCUGAUACAAAGACUGUAUUGAGCACUCUCUUCCCUCUUUGGAUAAGUCUCAUGAAUGCCUCUCAGGACCACAGGAAGUUUGAGGACACACAGUAGUAUCUAUGUUUUAGCUAGUUUUAUUUAAACAAAAAAAAAAAGAUACCAAACUCAAAUGGACUCCUCAGAGUUAAGAUUUGGAAUCAGAGCUGUCUAAAAGGUCCCCUGAGGGAAGGCUGAGGACCAUGCUCCUUCUGGUGGGGGCAGGCUGGCAGACACUUCUAGACGAUGCCUGGGUGUUGGCUGAAAGCGGAAGUGGCCCAGGCGAUCACCAUCCCGCCUGGCCCGGCACUCACCCCCGAGGACUCCAGACUCACUACCGAUUGAAAAUACUGUGAAGGUUCUCCAGGCCCCGGGCAUCAGGGAGAGAGGAACAGUUCGAAGCAUCUGAGGCCUUCACUGCUGACGCCCCUUCCUGAUUCCGUGGCAGGCCCUGGCUUUGACGCUGAACCCAGUCCACUAUUUUGCCUGGGUCUGGUGGAACAAACCCCCAGUUAUGUGACCUUACGCGGCGUUGCAAAGUCGCAGCUUUCGGUCACUGCUCUCCUGCCACCGAUUACUCUUUGAAGCCUGCCACUAAAGAGACACGCUGGGCACGAAAGGUGACGAUCCUCUGAACGUCUAGCUGUCAGCAGAUCUUUGGUCAGAGGCCAGGGUGGGAGCCAAGGUUGUAAAUGUGAAUGAUAAUCUGUGCAGUCUCUUAACCUGACUUAAAGCUGACUUCCUCAUUUCGUAAAUUAUUAGGCAUUGAGUAGCAGCCACAUCAUCUUAUUUCUGGCUUUAAGUUAUUUACAAAGUGGCUUCUCUUGGCAAAAAACUGAAGUUAAACUAGUAGUUUAUGCCAUAAUAACUGCUGAUUUAUGUAUUUGCUAAAGGUACCUUUUGUAUCUGCUGUGUAUUAUAGUAAUAAAAGAAUCUUUUUGUUAGGAAAAAAAAUCAACUGGUAUUCUUUCAUACUUGACCAAUUUGAUAAAGCCAUCCUCUUUCGGAAUCCUGCAUCGCUGUGCAAUAAGCCCUACGCCUGGAUUAAGCCUCUUCUGUGUUCCCUUUUCGGAAAGGGGAUGCCAGUUCCCUCCUGGAGUAGAGCGGGAAGAGAAAAUAGACUUACAAAAUGCUGACAAAGUUUUUACUUUUUAGUAGGCAGAAUUUUGCGAAAUGUCAGAUUGACCCGUGGAGCUAGAAUCUUCUUUCGGACGGGGAGACUGUGAUACCAGUGAGUGUUGGUCGGGUGGUUCAUCAUAAGCAAACUUCCGUGGGCCAGCUGAAGCCUGACCACCUCCACCUUCCGGGAGGGCUGCUUCCCCCGAGAAUCCUUAUGCCGGAAGAAGAAAUCUCUGCAGGCCCCAAAGGAGACCGAGGCUAUGGGGCUCCCGGGAGCCAGUUCCCUUUCAUCAUCUCUGUGUUCGCCGAUGUGGUCACGGCCAUCUUUGUACCUGCCACGAGAAAACAAGCACGAUGUACAAAACGGCUCCCUCCCGGAAUGUGCCAGAACGCUUGCUGUCCUACUGCGUGAAAGGUGCGAGGUGCAGCCCCCGCUCAUGGUUCUGCAGGGGCGGGGGGGCCUCCUCCGGGUGCGCAGAUGAACUGCGCCUGGUCUCCAUUUUACCUCUUCCUAUUUGAUCCCUCACCUUAAAACACACCUCACCAAAAGAAGCCAUGGACACGUCUUCCACUCCUCCCAGUUUGUGUACGUAAACCAGUAUAACAUAAGAUGGUUUCUCCCUACACUUAGACUCUGCACAGAUAAUCGUAAGUGCCCAUCUCUGAGCUCCUGGUACCCCUCUCUCCCUCACUUCUCCAGCCACAUCAGUGGGAUUUCCGUUCUAUACGCACCCCAAGCCCCCUCUGCUCUUCCUCCAGAUGUCUGUGUGGCUCAUGCCCUCUCUCCAGUUAGUCUCCAACUCCAACAUCAGCAUCUCGGUAAGCCCUCUGCUAACCACCUUCCCCUAAACUCAGGGUUCAUAAGCAGAGCGAUUCUGUCCCCCGCCCAAGGGACGCCUGGCAAUGUCUGGAGACACUCUGGUGGCUGCGACUGGGAAGGGGAUGCCCCUGGCAUCCAGUGGGUGGAAGCCAGGGAUGUUGCUCACAUCCUGUGAUGCACAGGGCAGUCCCAAGAGGAAUCAUCUGGCCUGAAACAUCAGUGUCGCUGCUGAGAAACCCUGACUUAAACCCAGAUCCCUUCCUCCUCGCCAUUCUUUAGCAAAAUCAGCCUGUUUAAUUUUCUUUCAGACACUUGUCAGCAUCUCGAAUGAUCUCGUUCAACUGUUCAUCAGACAAUCCCCUCUCGCUUCCCAGUGCAGCACGGGCUCCACGAAGACUGACCGUUGGUGCUGUCCCUGCUGCACUAAGGAAUAACUUGUACAAAUGAGUAAAAUAUGGUGAAAUCUAAACUCAUGCCUUCAGAAGAAGAAGAUUUAUACAGUUCAGUCCAGCAACCUAAAGAAGAAAAAGUAAAACGCAGGUAGGAUGUUACCUGUUAACGAGCACAAAGUUGAAGGUCUCUCCAGUCACUGCAGAAACACGAUCCCGGACGCGCUCUAGAACUGGGAUCCAGGGCUUUGGAGACAGAGUAAGGCCCGAAAACGUGUAGGUCAGCCCGGGGUUGCCAUAGGUCGCCUGCUUCCUGGGCACACUGUGCCACUUCCCAAACACCUGGACCCUGGCCAGCGCGCCUGU